GCACAGCGCUGAAACGGAUCCACACAGAUCUGUAGCAGUGUGUCACAGUGUCACUGUUUUACCGGGGAAAGGGAUACACUCGCGUUUCACAUUUAGGCGCAUUACAGCCACCGGCAAUGCUAUGCUACAUUUUUAACUGAAAGACGGAAUAACUGCAAAAAUGACGGUGGAUUUUGAGGAAUGUAUUAAAGAUUCACCCCGAUUCAGGGCGAAUAUCGAUGAAGUCGAGACUGAUGUUGUGGAAAUAGAAGCCAAGUUAGAUAAGUUGGUGAAGCUAUGCAGCGGUAUGAUCGAAGCAGGUCGUGCGUACAUCAGUGCCAAUAAACUCUUCAUCAACGGCAUUCGAGACUUGUCUCAGCACUGCAAAAAGGAGGAGAUGAUCUCGGAAUGUCUUGAAAAAUGUGGCGAGAGCCUUCAGGAAAUCGUCAACUAUCACAUGAUCCUGUUUGACCAGGCCCAGAGAUCCGUAAAGCAACAGUUGCACAAUUUUGUGAAGGAGGAUGUUCGAAAGUUUAAAGAGACAAAGAAGCAGUUCGAUAAGGUGCGGGAGGAUAUGGAGAUCGCCCAGGUGAAGAACGCACAGGCACCUCGUAACAAACCGCAUGAGGUAGAGGAGGCCAGCAGCACUCUCAUCACGACCCGGAAGUGCUUCCGACAUCUCGCCCUGGACUAUGUGUUGCAGAUCAAUGUUCUUCAAGCCAAAAAGAAAUUUGAAAUUUUGGAUUCGAUGCUGUCGUUCAUGCAGGCUCAGUACAGUCUCUUCCAGCAGGGCUUCAACAUCUUAGAUGAGGUCGACCCCUACAUGAAGAAGCUGGCUGCUGAGUUGGAUCAGCUGGUCAUAGAUUCAGCUGUGGAGAAGAGAGAGAUGGAGCACAAACAUGCCACCAUACAGCAAAGAACUUUGAUGCAGGAUUUUGCAUACGAUGACUCCAAAGUGGAAUUCAAUGUUGAUGCUCCUAAUGGUGUCGUGAUGGAGGGAUACCUGUUCAAGAGGGCGAGCAAUGCUUUCAAGACAUGGAACAGGCGAUGGUUUUCAAUACAGAACAGUCAGUUAGUGUAUCAGAAGCGACUAAAAGACGCUUUGACUGUGGUUGUGGAGGACCUGCGGCUUUGCUCUGUGAAACCAUGUGAGGACAUCGAGAGAAGGUUCUGUUUUGAAGUGGUGUCACCUACAAAGAGCUGUAUGCUGCAGGCUGAAUCUGAGAAGCUCCGUCAAGCUUGGAUUCAAGCAGUUCAGGCGAGCAUUGCGUCUGCCUACAGGGAGAUUUCUGAGAACUAUUAUAUUGAGCGUUUGGACAGGACAGCGUCUCCCUCCACGAGCAGUAUCGACUCUGCCAGCGAGCCGCGGGAGCGUAUUGUUAAGGGAGAGAGUAUCCUACAGCGGGUCCAGUCUCUGCCAGGAAACGAGAUCUGCUGCGACUGUGGCCAGGCCGACCCUCGCUGGGCCAGCAUCAACCUCGGCAUUCUGCUCUGCAUCGAGUGCUCUGGCAUUCACAGGAGUUUGGGCGUCCACUGCUCUAAGGUUCGCUCUUUAACACUCGACACAUGGGAGCCAGAGCUUAUGAAGUUAAUGUGUGAGCUUGGCAACACUGUAAUCAACCAGAUUUAUGAAGGUGCGUGUGAGGAGCAGGGACUUAAGAAACCUGGUCCCAACAGCUCAAGGCAGGAGAAAGAAGCGUGGAUCAAAGCGAAAUAUGUGGAGAGGAAGUUUCUGAAGAAGAUGUGUGGCUCCGAGGCCCUGGUGGAGGGGAGCAGAAAAUCUCACCACUGGAACGUGAAGAAGUGCAGGAGACACAACAGCUCCAUCAGAGCCCCUAAAACCCGCCGGAAAUACAGGCACGAUGCCAGGAUCAUGUCGCCAGCCAAUCUCUCUGCUGCUGCGGCAGCUGCAAAGUUUCGGAGAGAAUCCUUGUUUUGUCCCGACGAACUUGAUUCGCUCUUCUCUUACUUCGACACAGGCUCAGGGCCUCGCAGCCCUGCAGGUCUCAGCAGUGAUAGCGGGCUUGGCGGCAGUACUGACGGCAGCACAGACAUACUCGUUUUCGGCUCAGUGGUGGACAGCGUCACUGAGGAAGAGCGUGAGGACUCGGAUGAGUCCAGUGGGGAGGUUGAUAUCGAGCAGGAAGCGUCGGAUCCAGAGGACGGCAGGGAGCUUGACCCAAAGACGCUGCUUCAUAAGGCGUCACGGGCUAGGAACCUAUCGGUCAUGGCAGAGGCGCUCGCGCACGGUGCAGAUGUCAACUCCGUCAGUGAGGAGGAUGAAAGCAAGAGUCCAUUAAUACAAGCCGUCGCAGGGGGCUCUCUGAUAGCCUGUGAGUUCCUGCUGCAGAAUGGAGCAGAUGUCAAUCAGAGGGACAUACGAGGACGGGCACCUCUGCACCACGCCACGUGCCUGGGUCACACGGGGUAAGAAAUGACUCACAGCUGUGGCAAACCACACAUA